AUGUCUUUAAUAAAUGUCUAUCCUCCUAAAACGUAUUUCGGUGCGGGAGACAUUCAAAAGUCAUUGGGUUCUCUUCCUGGAUUCCCAUGGGCAAAAUAUCCCGGAGAAAAACAUCUCCCAGGUCACAAUUAUACAGGUCCAGGCACUAGGUUAGAUCUACGAUUGGACGAAAAUGAUAAUCCCAAACCAGGGGAAGAACCCGUUAAUAAAGUUGACGCAACAGCGCUCAAACACGACAUACUGUACAGAAACAAAGACAUAACAUUCAGACACCAUGCAGACAAACAAAUGAUAGACGAACUCGAAAAUAUUCCCAAUCCCACUUUCAAAGAGAAAUUACAGAGGGCUCUUAUCAUAAAACUCUUGAAGGCAAAAUUGAAAUUGGAUAAGGACCAUGUUGAAAAUAGAAUAAAUGACGUGAAAAGAUACCUCAGACGAAAUAUUAAAAAUCUUGUGGACGAACUUAAACUACAACAAGAGUUAACGAGUUUGAAACGUCUUAUUCAAGUGGAUAAAACAAGUCAGUUGCAAAAUUCAAUAUCUAAAUUAGACGAUAAGAUUACGAACGUAAAAAUAGACGUCCAACGUUUAAUAGACAACCCAAAUGUAAACGAGGAUAGAUUGAAAUGUAAUUUAACCGCUUUGGAAAGAAAACUUGGCGAAUUGCUAGCAGAACUAGACAAGACCGCGGACAAAACUGAGUUACAAAAUUCGAUAUCCAGUUUGAACGAAAAGAUCGCAAAGCAAAAAUCAGAUGUUCAAGAUAUAAUUAACACACUUCCCAUAGACAAAGAUACGUUGAAACGACAAUUGACUGCUUUGGAUACUAAAAUCACGGACGAAUUAGAAAAAGAAGUGAAUGUGAUUAAAAACUUUCUUCAAAAUAAAUUUCGAGAUGAUAUGAAAAAUUAUAUUAAAGAACAGGUCAAUCUUUUGGUAUCUAGAAUUCAUGACGAUUUUUUGAGACAAGAGAGAAAGUUGACCAAAUUAGAAGCUAUUGUCACGGACAAAUCAUAUUAUUUCAAUCUUCCAUUCGAAAAUAAAGAAAAUAAAGAAGUUUUGAAGUUUGCUGGUUAUUAUACCCUGAAAUCGUCCUUUGUACCAGGAUUAAGUACAAGAGCUAAAAAUAUCUCCAAGAUCAGUAUGAAUCCCAGUAAAAUUUCUUCCGUGAAAAGUAAAGAUUCAGGAAAGCCAAAGUUUGUUGAACUUCAACAAUAUCCUGGAUAUGAUAAAAAUGAAAUAACACCAUUGCCCUGUGAUAUAGACCCAAUUGAUAUGUUAAGUAUUGUAGCACAGGCUAGUAUGGACCUACAUAAAAAGCCAAGAUAUCGUCCUGAAUUUGAAAGAUUGUUUUAUUCGAGAAUGUCACAAGCUAUAUUACAGGAUAUAUUUUGGUAUUUUUUCCUUGAGAAAUAUCAACCAGGGUGUACAGCACAACCAAAAUUAUUUAACAGAAUAUCACAUAAUUAUGUUAAACUGCUUAUUUAUUGUAAGAUAAAAGUUUAUAAAGAAACUUUCUUUAAGGACUACCCCAUUUUGAUGGCACAAGCAAUCUAUGUCUCAUUUUGUCAUGCGUUUCAAGAUUCUUAUCGUCAGUUUGGUGAAGAUUUUAAAGAUGAGUUAGUAAAUUUAGUAUCAGAAUGGAUGGCAGGUAUAAGAUUAGCGCCCAGAUCUUGGGCUACAUGGAAUUUCGAUAAACUUGAUCCACCAAAUAUAAAAUCUAGAGAUGAAAUGCUACCACAGAAUAACAAAAAAUCUGCACCAGCUCUGAACUUAGAUUAUCUUGAUAGUUUGAUCUCACGUCAUACCAGUGAUGGUGGCUCGGUUACCUCCCUUAGUCAGUCUGGAUCAAAAUCUUCCUUAUCCUGGAUCAAUAAGCACAAUCGUAAUCAACGUUCAACAAAUCGUGGCAGUCAUAUCAGUCACCGACAGGAGUCACCGUCUCCAAAUGGUGAUACCAGCAAGGUUAUUGAUUCAGUUGCCAAGGCCCAGAUUUCUGCUAGAAAAUCAUUGAACCAUCAAAAAUCAAUUAAUGAAUUGAGGAAAAAUAAUGAAACAUUGACACCUAUUAGAGAGAUUGAGGGAGAUGAAAAUGCAGAGAAAAAUGUUAUGUCUAGAUUAUCUUCAGAUCUUUUGAAAGAAUUAAACAGUCGGCAUGUUAUAGAGUCACAUCCAGCAUGUAAAGGACCUGAUUUUAUUAAAACGUCAUUCAAUAUAUUUGGUCAAAGUCCACUGGUGACUCAUUUCUUGAGGAUGAAACAACUGUCAACUAAGAGUGGAUAUAAUGUACGUGUACAGAGAACAGAGUUAGAGAAUCUCCCUUCCCUAGAUCAACCAACUUAUAGAGAUGUUAUACACGAAUCAUUUAAAAAUAUUAAAGAUAUAGAACGGAAAUUUAAAGAAAUGUAUAAUAAGAAUCUGAAAGAAAGUGCAACAUAUGUUCAUCAACAACAGAGAAUAGUACGGCAACAUGAGAAACGAGAAGCUGUUUUAAUGACAAAACCUAAAGAAGUAAAAAGAUUAAGUAAUCUUAUUAUACUUGAACAGAAAAAAGAUGAAGAUUCUAUUUCUGCUGGGGCUGAUGCUGCCAUAGAAACAGCUUUACUUGCUGAAUAACACAUUUUUUUUUUUUUUUUUUACUAUAGUCUAUCAGGAAUUCAUCAUAAGAACCAGUCUAUAGUGAUUAUGUGACAUGUUGUUCAUGAAUAUAUAGGCACAGCUUUGUAGAAAACAAUUACUGGUUAAAGUUUUAUGUAACGUUUUUGACGUGUUUCCCCCUGUCGUCGAAACGUUACAUAAAACUUUAACCAGUGAUUGUUGUUUCAUAAAGCUGGGCCUAUAUAUUGUGCUUACAAUUGAUAAUUGCCAUUUAUAGACUUUAUUCAUGAAUGGUCAAUCUGUACAUUUUCUGAGACUAGUAUAGUUGAGCUACGAUAUUGUGCACAUCUAGGUACAAAAUAAUCAGUGUUAUAUGUACACAUAACUCUGAUUUUCACAGUCUCCAUCACUAUUUAUGGUAUAUAUUUAUGAUUUGAAUUGAUUAUGUAUAAAUGUGAUAUUUAAAACAGUUAUAUUAUCUUGGGAUGGAUCUCAAUGUAACUCUAGCUGUCCUGAUGUUAUUUAUGUGUGUUUAUUUGAUAUUCUGUAAAUAUUUAUAUGUUAAUUGUGAUAAUAUAUUUAUAUUACAUUAUUACCAAUAUAACUAUUUCUUAUAUAAACAUGAAGAAUUCUGAUUAAAAGACAUAAUUGAUG